CUUUUGCGGGGUGCAUGCAUGAGGUACAGCAUCGUCAUCAGCUGGGAGCGUGGCCAAUGAAGCCUCAACCUAUUGCUCACGACACAUCGAGAUCCACUGACGUCCUUGAAGAUUGACGUGAGCUUGUGAUACAAUGCCGAACAUAUAUACUUCCCCACUGUCACCCCUCAAUUGGCUCUUCCGAUGCAUCGGGAUACGAUAGCAGUAUCCUUCAGCAUCUAUCAAUUGGAAGAGACUACAACCUAGCUGCACUGCGCUUGUCCAACAUGUUUUCGCGCGGAGGAGAACCCUACUUUGGGUUCAAGGGCACAAUGCUCACUUUUUGGAUCACUGUAGCCUGCGGGACAGACAUGCUGCUGUUUGGCUAUGACCAAGGCGUCUUUGGUGGUGUCGUUGUUACGCCGCAGUUCCUUGAGUUGCUUAACCUCGGGUCGCGACCCACGAUCCUCUCAACUGUAACGGCUAUCUACGAUGUCGGAUGCUUUUUUGGAGCAAUUAGCGUCUGUUUCAUCGGUGAGCCUCUGGGCAGGAAAAAGUGCGUUCUGUUGGGAACGACCAUCUUGAGCAUAGGCGCAAUCCUACAGAUAACGGCCUUCAGCCUGGGGCAAAUGAUCACUGGCAGAGUCAUUGCAGGAAUUGGCAAUGGUAUCAACACAUCCACAGCACCUGUCUGGCAGGGCGAGUGUUCCAAAGCCAGCUGGCGAGGAAAACUGAUCGUUAUCGAGAUGAUAUUAAACAUCUUCGGCUUUAUGAUGUCUAACUGGGUUACAUACGGCUUCAGCUUUGUCGACAACGGCAACUCAAGCGUUGCUUGGCGACUCCCGCUCGUGUUGCAGUUCAUCUUCAUCUUCAUCCUCUACGCCACAGUCCCCUGGCUUCCUGAGUCACCGAGGUGGCUGAUGUCCAAAGGAAAAGUCGAUGAGGCAGAACAGGUUCUUGCAGCGGUUGAGGGCACUGAUGUCAACGAUCCCUGGUUGAUUACGCAGUCGAAAGACAUCCAGUGGGCUGUGCAGUACGAGAAGGAGAAUGCAGUGCGUUGGCGCGAUCUUUUGCUUGGUCGAUCUGGAGGGCAAGCGGGUACACAUACCUUUAGACGGCUGAUCUUGGGUAUGGGUACACAGGCCAUGCAGCAACUUUCUGGCAUCAACGUGACAUCCUACUACCUACCCACGGUACUGAUCGAAUCUGUGGGUCUCUCAAACAGCCUCGCUCGUCUCCUUGCCGCCUGCAACUCUGUAUCCUAUCUCUUGUUUUCCCUUAUCGGCAUACCUAACGUUGAGAGAUGGGGCCGACGCAAAAUGAUGAUGUACGCAGCCGCUGGGCAGUUCUUUUGCUACGUGAUCAUCACCAUUUGCAUUCGGUAUAACGAAGAUGCCUCUAUCGGCUUCGAGACGCAGAGGCAAUGGGCGAAAGGGUCAAUUGCGUUCUUCUUCCUGUACUAUGUCUUCUUCGGAAUCGGCUGGCAGGGUGUUCCUUGGCUAUACCCUACCGAGAUCAAUUCGAUGGCUAUGCGCACGAAGGGCGCAGCUUUGGGCACGGCGACGAACUGGAUCUUCAAUUUCAUGGUUGUUGAGGUCACACCUCCAGGCAUCGCUAGCUUACAUUGGAGAUUCUACAUCAUAUGGACGGUCUUUAAUUUCGCUUUUAUCCCAAUAGUAUACUUUUUCUACCCGGAGACGGCUGGCCGCACUCUCGAGGACAUAGAUCGCUACUUCACUGGUCACGCGCCAUUGCUUGUCUUCCUGGACAAAGAGGCUAUCCAGGAGAAGCGACCAGAAAAGUUUGUGGAGCGGGAGCAGACUGAGUAUCGCAGGAACAGUAGUGUGGUCACUGGAGCGAUUGAUCCCGCAGCACUGCUCCGUAGUAGCUAUGAGAAGGAGCGAGACUCGCGUGAGGAAAUUGUCUGAAGAGUGUCAUCUAGGCGGGAAGAACUAAACUCAAUUGACAGACUGUGGCUUCGAUUGGGAGUAGAUGGAGGAGCCUAGUCUGUCGGGGUCUUACCAGAACAGGAGCGAUUUCGGUGUUCGGUAUCUUGUACGGUUAGUGAGAAUAUCGAAAGUCGUGCACACACCGAACCUCCGACGAAAUGGAAAUGGACGUGUCCGAGGGGGCAACUUCGAGUUUCAGUAGCGCAUAGAGAUUGUAGACUGGGAUAC